AUGUCGCGGUUUCUAGAAGGUGAAGAGGAACUGCUACGAGUAUGGGUGAUGGUAUCCCAAGUGCAGUUCUGGUUAAUACUGGCCCUUGUCAGGCUAUUCCGAUUGAAGAAAUCACAUCACUUUCAAUUCCUUAUUUGGAUCAUCGUCGCUGAUCUUACCACACUAUUCAUUAUUCUCAUCGAUAUCAUGUCACAAUCACUUUUUAUGUCUAUGAAAGGUACGGUAUAUUGCACCUUUAAUGUAUUUCAAGUUUGA